UAACAACCACAAGAGAAACGAAAAAAAUAAUCAAAAAAAAGGAGAAAGGAAUUUUUUUUUCGUAAAAUUUUCAACAAAUUCUUGUCGCAACAAAAAUAUUUUUGUGCAGAAACAGUGUUUAAUUAAAUUGAAUGUAAUAAAAAUGUCGGAUAUUUUAACUGAAGACACCACAAACGAUGGCAUAGUUAUAAGAGCGCCAGUUGAGCACCCUCGCAUAAGAAUCAAUAGAUGGCGGGUAAGGGAAGGCUUUCCGGUAAGCGCUUCACAAGUCAUAUUACUCUAUGAGGCCCUGCCAACUGAGGGUGUUGAAGACGCCAGCACAAAAAUAGCAAAUAAAAUUAUACACAAAUUAAAGGCACAACGAGUUGGUGUAGUGAAAAAACGUCUCUUCAAGGAUGGAGCCAUUGUUAAAGCGGAUGCUCCCCUUUUGGAACUCUCCGAAUGUAUCCAUACAACAGUCAUUAAAGACAUGUGCGCUGAUUGUGGUGCAGAUUUGCGCCAAAAUGAAAAUGGCAAUACUUCGGAGGCAUCUGUACCUAUGGUACAUUCUAUACCCGAUCUUAAAGUCACACAGAAAUUAGCCCAGAAACUCGGUCAUGAUGAUACACGUCGUUUGUUACAAGAUCGUAAACUGGUUUUAUUGGUCGAUUUGGAUCAGACCGUUAUACACACCACCAACGAUAAUGUGCCCAAUAACAUUAAAGGUAUUUAUCAUUUUCAAUUGUAUGGACCCACAUCACCGUGGUAUCAUACACGUUUAAGACCCGGUACACCGGAAUUUUUGGAACGUAUGUCCCAAUAUUAUGAAUUGCAUAUUUGUACAUUUGGUGCCCGCAACUAUGCUCAUAUGAUUGCCCAACUACUGGAUCCAGAGGGGAAAUUCUUUUCACAUCGCAUUUUGUCGCGAGAUGAAUGUUUUAAUGCCACCAGUAAGACGGACAAUUUGAAAGCUCUCUUUCCCAACGGUGAUUCUAUGGUUUGUAUCAUAGAUGAUCGUGAAGAUGUUUGGAAUAUGGCUUCAAAUUUGAUACAGGUUAAACCUUAUCACUUUUUCCAACAUACAGGCGAUAUAAAUGCUCCUCCAGGUUGUUCUAAACAUGAAUUGGAUGGUGAGGGUGUCGAUUUUAAAGAUUUGGAAGGCUUAAAUUCUGAUGACAAAAAGGAAAUUUCCAAAGAAACUAAAAAUGACAAUGAACAGAAUACUACUUCAGGUGAAACAGUAACGCCAAGUACCGAUAGUGAUGAAAACGAACCUAAAGAUAAAGUUGAUAAAAUUGAAAAGGAAGUUGUCGAAACUAAUUUAGAAAAUGAGGAAACUACAGUUAAAGUUUCAAAAGAAGUUAAAAGUCAAGAAGAUAAUACAACAGAAACUAAAUCAGAACCUGAUGAUAAAUUAGAUAACACCGCAAAUGACAAAGAACCCAAUAAAACCGUUAUAAACGAUACAGACAAGGGUUUGGAUGAAAAAGAUAAACCGGCUCCAUCAAGCGCACAUACUCCCAAAAUAAAACUUUCCAAUGAUACUGAAAACAAAAUCGAAAUAGUCGAUCCCGACGAUUAUCUUCUAUAUUUAGAAGUUAUAUUAAAAAAUAUACAUACACGCUUUUAUGCUAUCUAUGAUGAGACCAAGGAUAUACCCGAUUUAAAGAUAAUUGUUCCAAAAAUACGCUCAGAGGUCUUAAGGGGUUGUAAUUUAGUUUUUUCUGGCCUUGUACCUACCAACAUGAAACUUCAACAGUCACGAGCCUAUUUCAUAGCUAAAAGUCUGGGUGCGGAAGUGUCACAGAAUAUCAUGGAAAAUACCACACAUUUGGUGGCCGUUACAGCGGGUACUUUUAAGGUAAAUGCCGCCAAAAAGAAUCCCAAAAUAAAAAUCGUCAAUGCAAAUUGGUUGUGGAGUUGUGCCGAACGUUGGGAACAUGUUGACGAAAGACUAUUUCCCUUAGAUCGUAAAAUGAAAAGCAAUAAACGUCAACCGCCUGCCCAUUGCCACAGUCCGGAGCAUGUUAUUAAUUAUAGUGAAAAAUCCGAGAUUUCCUCCUCUAGUAUGGCUCAACAAAAUGCUGCGGAAUCUUCAAAAUUCAUUGACACUAUUAAUCCGUUGUUAUCCUUUUCUAAUGCCGAUUUGGCCGAUAUGAAUAAGGAGUUUGAUCAAUUUUUUGAUUCCGAUACUUCCUCAGAAGAUGAAAAUGUUGAUAUUGAAAACCCUCCCGUAGACAAGAUUUUAAAGAAACGCAAACGUGAAGAAAACGAAGAAGAAAGAGCACGCAAAUUUUUCUCUCGUUCCACAGAUGUUUCAGUCUUAAAUGCCACCGGAACGGCUGCUGAAGAUGAUAAAUCGUCCAGUGACGAUAAUAAAGAUGACGAAGAAGAUGAAAUGCCAAGUGAAAAAUUUCGAAGAGGUGGCAAUUUACCUUCUGAUUUAGAAAUGGGUUCCGAUUCCAACGAUGACAGUGAUGGUAAUAAUCCGGAUGAAGAAGACGAUGGCGAUUGGAAUAUGAUGGGUGCUGCUUUAGAAAGAGAAUUUUUAGGACUUGAAGAUUAAGGAAACUUUUAACAAAUUUCUAUUUUUAAUUGGACACUAUUUGUUGGCUUAUUAUAAUUAAAUAAUAUAUUCACAAAACAAAAAAACGGAAAUUGUAGUUUUUAAAAAAAUGUAAGAAAAAAGUUUAAAAAUGUAUAAAUGAAAUUGUAAUUUUUUAACAAAAUAAAAGUUUUCGUCGUUUUUUUUAUAAUUAAUAAUUUA